CCUUCAUAUAAUAAUGUGGAGAUAUAUUAUAUAUUACUCAAUCAUUCCCACGUGUCGUCAAACUCCUUCAUAUAAAUAAUGGGGAGAUAUCAUUUUAUUACUCUACCGCUCCCCAACUAAAUGUUACACGAAAAAUAAAUAGAGAAGAGUCUCGAAAUUCCAAACAUAUGGAACUGGACCAUCCCUUGGGUCACAGCAAUAACGUGUCACUUCACAUCCAGAAUGCCGACGAGUCGUUCGACGUCCUCGACAAGGGCAUUCCCAGCAGCAGCGACAGCGUCCAGAACAAGCUAGCCUGGCUCCGCUCUCAGAUCAUCGGCGGCGCAGCGGAGUUCGACACACCCUUUGGGCGCCGCCGCCUCACCUACGCCGACCACACCGCCUCCGGCUGCGCCCUCCGCUGCAUCGAAAAUUACAUCACCACCACUUUCCUCCCCUUUUACGGCAACAGUCACACUAGCGACAGCCACGUGGGCAGCCACACGACGCGAAGGAUCCGCGAGGCCGCGGACUACGUGAAGAAGUGCCUGGGCGGCGGGGAAGGGGACGCCCUGUUGUUCUGCGGGUCGGGUGCCACGGCGGGCGUGAAACGCCUCCAGGAGGUGAUGGGGAUAGCCGUGCCCUCGACGCUGAGAGAGCGAGUGAUGGGAUGUCUAAGGGAAGAGGAGAGGUGGGUAGUGCUUGUGGGGCCCUACGAGCACCAUUCCAACAUCCUGUCCUGGCAACAGACCCUGGCCGAGGUGGUCGAGAUCGGAAUCAACCCACACGGCCUCCUUGACAUGGACGAUCUCAGGGAGAAGCUCGCUCUCUACAGAUCCAAAAACCGCCCCAUCUUGGGCUCUUUCUCGGCCUGCAGCAACGUCACCGGAAUUCGUACCGACACGCUGGCCGUAGCGCGGCUUCUGCACGAGCAUGGGGGGUUCGUCUGUUUCGAUUUUGCAGCCAGCGGGCCAUACGUGAAGAUAGACAUGAGGUCGGGCGAAAUGGAUGGGUAUGACGCAAUUUUCCUGAGUACGCACAAGUUCGUGGGGGGUCCCGGCUCGCCUGGGAUUCUACUGAUGUGCAAGACCCUGUAUCGGCUGGGUUCUUCGCCCCCAUCCACCUGUGGGGGAGGCACAGACACCAUAUACAUAGACAACAUAGAGGAAAGGGAAGACGCGGGAACACCACCAAUCAUCCAGAAAAUAAGAGCCGCAUUGGCUUUCUGGAUAAAGGAGUACAUAGGCUAUAAGGCCAUAUCAAGGCUGGAGAAAAACUACAUAGGGAGAGCUCUCGAAAGACUCGGGCGAAACCCUCACAUUCAGAUUCUUGGGAACACGAACAAGGCUGUCAAGAGACACGCCAUCUUGUCUUUUCUCGUGCUCUCAACCACAGACAUAUCAAGCAAAAACGAGGGGAAGCUGGGCCUCGACUUUUGGAGGGAGACUGGGAACACGUUGACUAAGCCCCUGCACGGGCCUUUUGUGGCCAAACUUCUCAAUGACCUGUUUGGCAUUCAGGCCCGUGGGGGCUGUGCUUGUGCUGGGCCCUACGGGCAUAGGCUACUCAAUGGUUAUACCGGGAUAAAGCCCGGGUGGACGAGGGUGAGCUUUCCGUACUACAUGUCAGAGGAAGAAUUUGAAUUUAUCUUAUCAGCCAUUGAAUUCAUAGCUGUUUAUGGCCAGAGGUUCUUGAGUUGGUAUCACUUCAGCUGGACAACGGGCGUUUGGACAUUCAACAGUAAAGCUCUGAGGGGCAAUUACGUAAACCGUAUCCUUGACGGGCCAUCCUUAUCGUGCAUGAUCAAGGCACUGAACAUGGAAGCUAGUAAUGAAGAUCAGGUGUGCUUGAAAAAGGACGAUGUGCUUUGCAAAUAUAUGAGCUAUUUUGACUCUGCAAAGAGGAUAGCUGGACUCUUACCGAAAUUCCCACCACACAGAAAAAUACCAGCGGAUAUUGACGUUGAUCUUGUGCCCUUUAGGGUUUAGAUUAGUUUAUUUAUUUAUUUUAUUUUU